AUGACGACUAUUGUUACUACUUCAAAUUCUGCAGCAACAACGCCAACAAGUUAUGUUUCACGUUGGAUUGCUCAAAGUCAUAGUGCUUAUCAAAAUAAAACCAAUGAAUUUUAUUCUCCAUUAUCAUCUCUAUCCUCGUCAUCCUGUGACUUUCUAACACCAACAACAUCAAAUAGAACUCCACCAAAUCUCAUCUCGCCAAGAAUACCAAUAACAACAUGGCAAGCACAAGCUAAAUCACGUUUAGAUGCUGCCGCUGUUUCUGCUUCUAAAACCAAUGAUUCUUCAUUUAUAUUAUCAAUGAAUAUUAAUAAUAAUGAACUACAAGACAAAUUGCAGCGUGUGAGAACUUUACUCGAUGCUAAAAAACAACGACUAUGUCGCUAUUUCCCGUCGUCAUCUUCAAAUCUACCAGAUCAAGUGCUUUCUUCAACAGUAGUAGGAGAACAAUCCUCGCUUCCUCCUCCUCCUCCGCCUCCAUCAUCAUCAUCAUCAUCAUAUAUUUUAGCACUUGAGAAUGUGUAUUCUUCACAUGAUGAAUCUCGAUUAUCUACAAAUUAUCAUUAUCAUAGUUCAUCAAUGUUACCAUGUCUUAUGGAAGAAUCACCGAGUGAUUCUGGUUGUAGUGAUGGCGCUAAGACAGUCAAUAACGAUGAUAUUAUCGAUACCACAAUAAAAAAUCCAGCCCUUGUCGAUUUAAGUAAACCAUUAAGUAAAGAAGAGAUGCUUGCUAUUAUACAAGUUCUACGAGAAUUGUGGAGAAAGCAAUUCGGUGGUGAAUUACCAGACAUACAAAUAAAACCGACUGUAUCAACAUCGAAUUCGCUUACUAAUCGACCUAUCGGAACAAGUGCAGGAAUUUCAUAUUUAUCAAAUGAUAAGAAAAAUCAAUAUCGUUCAACACCGGUUUUAAAUAAAUUAAGUGCUGAACUAAGCGAUAUUAAAGAUAAAUUACAAAGAUUUUCCAAUAACCGUACAGCUGAUGAACAACCAAAAGAAAUUUCGUCGAAAAAGAAAUUAAAUGCUAUAGAUAAUAAUAUAGACGAACCAGAAAAUAUUCGAAUCAAUCAAGAAACUAUGGUAUUUAUUCCGAUCGGCGCUCCACUAACUGCUCAAGAUCUCGAGCGAAUGCAAACUAAAAAAGAUGCAUUAAUUCGUCGACAAAUUCAACGUCGUGAAGAACAAUUAAUAAAGAAAAAUGAAAGAUUAGUAACAGCUAUUGACAACCAAAACGAAUGUCGUCUGUAUGAAGAAUAUACAGCACAGCGACGACAAGAAACUGACUUUCGUCGUAAAACAAUUUUACAAGCUCAUAUCGAACAAAAACGUUUAGAAGCUGAUCCACCAUCAUCAAACGAUUAUUAUUUUGCAGCGGCACGAAAUCGAAAUCGUUUAAAGCGCAAAGCAUCAAUGACAUCAUUUGUUUCAUUUGACGAUGAUGUUAGUUGCGGUGGUUCAACUUUUGAUUUAUUCAGUACAGCCAGUGGGAAAAAAACAACACAAACACCAAAACGUAAUACAAAUCGAUAUGAUUUUGUAUCUCCAAGUUUAAUAGCGUCAACAACUGCAUCUCGAUCAAAAAUGAAUCGAGCUGCAAGUACAUGCAAUAUUAAUGAACAUUAUGAUUCAUUCACAUCGUUAAAUUCAAAAGCAACAAUACCAAUAAUGCGAACAUCAAGACCAUCGAGCUUCUUUGGCGGUAGUCUAAUGAAUAUUUCGAUGCUCAAUAAGAACAAACAAUCACAACAAAAAUCAUUCAAUUUGCUUGAUGAACCAUUUGAUUUAACUAUUGAAUCUCCAUUAAGUGGUUCACUUUCUUCGAUUGCUUUAUCAACGCCAGGAGGCUCACGCCUUGGUAGAAGUCAAACACAUUUAUCAACGAAAUCAAAUAAAAAAACCAUAAUUAACUCAUUGAAACAAAGCGUUCUUGCUGGUCCAGCCAAUGAACGACAACGUGAUGUUAUUAUUCAAGAAAUUGAGUCAUGCGAGGCUCGACAUUUUAUCAUUCUCUUUCGGGAUCAUCGUCUUCAAUUUCGUGCUGUCUAUAUGUACAUACCUGAAACAGAUAUUAUCGAAAAAGUACAUGGCGUUGGACCAAAUAUUAUUACUGAAGUUAUGGUUGAAAAAUGGUUCAAGUAUAAUUCGGGUAGUAAACGUUUUACUAAUAUGCCCGUUCGACAUUUUUCAAUUCAAUGUGAUGCUGUUGUUAUUCAUAAUGACUUCUGGCAGAAGAAACUAUUUAUGCAUAUGAAUAAAUUACAUUAA